AGAGUAGAGGAUGAAAGAAUGAUGUGAGCAAAAGCAGUGUCCACUCUGUUUUUUUUUAUAAAACCACUCCCCUUUCCUUCCUUAGCCCCCGCUUCCAUUCCAAUUUCCACCCGUUGACAUAACAAAAUUAUUUCUCUCUCAAUUUCUCUUUUUAUUUCUUCAAUUUUAUUACUCCGGCGAUGCAAGGCCUAAGACGCUGCUCCAACGACCUCCUCCACCUCGACUUAUCUCCGCCGCCCCCCACCACUCCCUCCCCCGCCUCUCUCUCCAUCGACGUCGCCGAAUCCGCCGAGACCCGAAUCCGCCGCCUCAUCUCCGAACACCCUGUCAUCAUCUUCAGCCGUACUUCUUGUUGCAUGUGCCACGUCAUGAAGAAGCUCCUCGCCACCAUCGGCGUCCACCCCACCGUCAUCGAAUUAGACGACGACGAGAUCGACGCUCUCUCUUCUUGUUCCUCCACUACCGUCCCUGCCGCCACUCCCGCCGUCUUCAUCGGUGGCGCCUUCGUCGGCGGCCUUGAAUCCCUCGUAGCUCUCCACCUCAGCGGUCAUCUUGUACCUAAGCUCGUCGAAGUCGGCGCUCUUUGGGUAUGAGUUAAAAUUACUCACUUGCCCUUCAUUUCUAAAUUUUAUCCUUGUAAUUUAAAAAAAAAAAAAAAAAAAACCUUUGUAAUUGAAAUUAGAGGGAUGAGGAAAAAAAUAAUGGAUCUAUGGUUUUGAAAUUUGGGUUGUGGUUGUUGGUGAAAUCAAUAAUUGACAAAAAAAAAAAAAAAUCUGGAUGGUGCCGGAAACAGAAAGGAGGUGGAGGAAAAAGUCCGGUAGGGCGGUGGCGGCGAGUGGGGUUUUUUUAGGGUACUCGCGAGAGUAGGUGUGACACGUGGUCGGAUGAGGAUGAAUGAAGUGAAAGGAGUGGGUGUAUGAGUGUGAGUAGUAGAUGGAAGGGAAGGACUGGAGUGGGUCCCUUAUCAAUUAUUACGUAAUCAGAACCGUUGAAUGUGUAGACUUUUGUAAUCUAUUCUAUUCCAUUCCAUUUCUACUCU